AUGGGUGUGAACUUCAGGGACAUACGUCUUGUCAUACAUUUGGGCCCCCCUCGCAACAUUGAUGACUACAUUCAGGAAAUUGGUAGGGCUGGCCGUGACGGUUUACCAUCGAAAGUAGUAUUGUUUUAUAAUGGCAUUCUGCUUAAAGGAGCAGAUGACAAAAUGCGAGCAUAUUGUUCUGAUGAAACAAAUGUUUGCAUGAGAAGAACACUUCUGCAUGAUUUUGAUCAUUUUUGCUGUUUGCAUUGUCAUAAGCAUUGCCUUUGUAGUGGGAACUGUUGUAGUGAGGAAAUAGUCAACUGUCAUGAAACCACCGAAUCACAUGUGGAUAGUGACAGCUCCAUUACUGUGAAAGAAAGGAGUGUUUCAAGAGAAGAUAAACAAUUAUUGCAGGACAUUCUGGUUGAUUAUCAAUCUCAACUUGCAGGAAAUUGCAACUAUUAUUUGCAUGCACAGUAUUCCACAGGUUUCUCUGAUAAACUGAUUCAACUUAUUCUCCAGCAAGCAAAGUACGUUUGUAGCAUAGACUACAUUAUGACACACCUACAUGUAUUUAAUCGCCAACAUGGGGUGGAGAUACUAAAUAUUUUUCAUGAAUUAUUUGAUGACAUUGACGAAACCAACCUUGAAGCUGUGGAUACUGGCACAGAUGGUUGCUCAAGAACUGAACUAAAUGAGAAUGAGUUCCAGCCUUAUUUAUUAGUUGAUAUGCAUGAUUCAGAUGAGGAGUCUACUUCAGAUUGAAUAUGAAAUGGAAAGCCUGAUUGAAGACUAUGUUUUCAGAUAUUAAUGCUGUUGUAGGUAUGUCAUUAUUUUAUAAUCGGGGGCUGUUGGGCAAACAAAGCCAGUUGGGCAAUAUAUUCACUUCACAGUCGGGCAAUAUUGGCUUAUUAUAAAAAUAAAUGGAACAAAUUCUGUCAAUUUUUGGCAUUCGCCAAACCUAAAAACCUCUGGGACAGGGUAAUUAUGAAAGAAAAUACUCAAUCAUUGUAGGAAUAAUUAAACAUAUACAAGGUAUAUAUGCCAACAUGAAAUUGCCAACAGUACAGUAAGUACAUAGUACAGUUAGCCAUAGUACAGUUUUUAUAGUAAGAAUUGUAAAAUUCAAAAUUUUUCUGGGUGACCACAUGCCCUUAGAUCCCUCUCUAGAGGAUAACUAAAUAAUAACUCAAUCUUCUACAAACUGGUAGUUGAUAAUUUAAAAUGCUUGAAAUAUCCCUGAUUUUAUACCAUUUAUUGCAUAUUUUCCACAACAUUUACUAUAAUAUGUCAUAUCAAAAUAUCAAAACCAAGUUUAUUUUUAGCAUCAUCAAGCUUCCUUUUGUGUCAUUCAUCUAGUCAUUUAGGUUUUUGAAAUUUAUAUUAUUUAGUACAUUGUGAUCAAACUUGGGAAACUUGUCAUACUCCCUGCCUUCUGUGAAACAGAACACUUCACCUUUUAUGUGGAACUGGUUGACAAGUUAUUUAAAGUCAGACUCCCACUUCGCAAUUACAUGAUGACCUGAUGGCUGAUGUCUGCCUACUUCCUUAUCUACGGACCGAAGAAACUUAUCAAUACGCAUAAGUGAAUGACUGGCACAUGCUGCAGUAACUUCAUUAAAGUUAGGACCGAGGUUUCUCAACAUCUCUGUGAGUAUGUGAUUUAGAUGCUCUAGCCUGAGAUCAAGGGAUAUAUUCUUUCCCUUUUGUCCUUUUACAUUAACUUUGGGAUGACGUGAACUUCGUCUGUUACAAAAGCAAGCAAAUUUACCUGGUAUAUUUAUGAUGAAACCAUUUCUCUCCAUUUCGCACUUUGAAUAAUAGACUCGGUAUUACAAAAUACGAAUGUAAACUCUCCAUCUGGAAUUGCUUUCUCGUCCUCUUCGUUUGACAGUUAAGUAACACUGAAUCCACGCUUUCUUACUUCACGGACAUGAGAGUCGAUCAAAGAGUUCAAUGGACAUAUGACUAUUAAAAUGGGUUUCUCUGGGAAAUUGUGUUUUUCCAGGUCGUUAUGCUACACUCGGUACUAUUUGCAAUAUUAAACUCUCAGUAUGCAAAAUACAUCUUUACGAUCAAUCAAAUUGGACAAGGUGCGGUAUUGAUGAUCCGUUAAACUUUUUAUAUCAGGAAAUUUAUCUUCCAAAGUAGCCUGAACUGCUUCUUUCAACUUGGUACAUAUAUACCGUAAAACUCCGAAUAUAGCUAGCCCCCUUCGAAUAUAAGCCCACCCAUGUUUAUAAGCCCACCAUGUAGGAACUGUUGUAGUGAGGAAAUAGUCAACUGUCAUGAAACCACCGAAUCACAUGUGGAUAGUGACAACUCCAUUACUGUGAAAGAAAGGAGUGUUUCAAGAGAAGAUAAACAAUUAUUGCAGGACAUUCUGGUUGAUUAUCAAUCUCAACUUGCAGGAAAUUGCAACUAUUAUUUGCAUGCACAGUAUUCCACAGGUUUCUCUGAUAAACUGAUUCAACUUAUUCUCCAGCAAGCAAAGUAUGUUUGUAGCAUAGACUACAUUAUGACACACCUACAUGUAUUUAAUCGCCAACAUGCGGUGGAGAUACUAAAUAUUUUUCAUGAAUUAUUUGAUGACAUUGACGAAACCGACCUUGAAGCUGUUGAUACUGGCACAGAUGGUUGCUCAGGAACUGAACUAAAUGAGAAUGAGUUCCAGCCUUAUUUAUUAGUUGAUAUGCAUGAUUCAGAUGAGGAAUCUACUUCAGAUUGA